CCGACAGACCCGGAGCCAUGAAUCCCAAAGAAAAGCCGAAGUCGAAGAUUACGGCUUCUCGCAAGCUCUCCCUCAAGAUGCUUCUCCUCACAAGAGCCUGUGAUGAUUUGGAGAAGGAGAGGCAGGAUAGGGAGGAGGAGAAAGUGCGCUAUCUGGGAGACAAGUUGCCCGCUUUGCAACUGUCCGGAUUACCAAUGGAUGAACUACAAAAUCUAUGCAAGCAGCUUCAUUCACAAAUUGAUGUUGUAGACGAGGAGAGAUAUGACUGCGAAUCCAAAGUGGGCAAACACAACAAAGAUAUCCAUGAGCUGAAGCUGAAAAUACAGGAUCUUGGAGGCAAGUUCAAAAAGCCUGCCCUGAGGAAGGUGAGGGUGUCGGCAGAUGAGAUGAUGAGAGCUCUCCUGGGCUCCAAACACAAGGGCUCGAUGGACCUCAGAGCCAACCUCAAGUCUGUGAAGAAGGAGGACGUCAAACAGGACAAGGUGACUGGCACUGAAGUGGGUGACUGGCGUAAGAACGUGGAGGCCAUGUCAGGCAUGGAGGGCCGUAAGAAGAUGUUCGAUACAGCCGGCGGAGCACAGUGAGACACGAAAUGAGAAAUGAGCUGGUCAACCAACAGCAGGGAAAAGGAAGUUGUGCAAUGACUCAAAGCACUUGAAUGAGUAGAUUUUUAUAUUA